GUGCCGUGGAUGCGGUUCAAAUUUGAUUCGUGAGUAAUGCCAGCUUGUGAAAGCAACAAGCGCAGGCAAACCUAGGAUGCAAUUAGUUUUGCGUUUUGUGCCAAAGGACCGGCGCCCAUUUGUACACAGCAAGUAGAGGGAAGUCCAAGGGUGGAUGGGGAAGGUCAUGCCAGGACAUUGGAUACGUGGUGAUACCACUGUUGUACAAUGUUGUAGGCAGCUUUGCGUGCGGGUGGGCUGCAUGGCAGGUCUCAGGCGCUGGUAUCUAGCUGGAUGCUGCCUGGCCAGGGGCAGCAUCUUUUGCAGCAACAGCGGGGGCUUUGCAAUGAGCUGUUGCAGCGCUCGCAAGGCCAACGGCAGAUGGUGAUAAAACCAACAAAUUUGGCUUUUGGCGCAGGGGCUACCCUGUGGAAUCUAUCCGAGGAUGCUCAGCUUACGCAAGAGAGCUGCUUGUUGUCCCUGCAGGAAAUGUUCCAGAAAGUGCAAGAAGGCAUUUCAACAAAUUUAGACGAUGUGAUAGUACAGGAGUUUGUGCAUAGUUUGACGAUGAAGGGACGUAAACUGGAGCUACGUGCACAUGUAUUGGUGGCUUCUACGAAUCCGUUGAUUGUUUUGUGGGAUCCCAAUGUGCUGUGGAAAUGGGGUACAGUGCCAUUGCCUGAAGGAUGGAUUUUGAGUGGUCCAUUGCAACAACGAGAGGAAGCUACGCUUGAAGAUCUCGCCAAGGAGUUCGGCAAGAACGCCGCCGAAGAGUUGCACCGCCGCGUAUACCGCGAAGUGCGAAGAGGACUUGCGAUUAUCCUGGAGUCUUUAUUGGAAGUGACAGGAGGGAACCUGACGUGGC